AUGCCGAAAACUGCCGAAACCAAGUUUGUGAAUUCGCUCUUCCUAACCAAUCUCAUCCAAUCGCAGUACGGUGAGUCGGAGGUGAAAAUUAAGGCGUACGAUGUCGAACCGGCAUCUGCCGAUAUCAACGAUCCCUACGCACGAUCGUCGAUGAACCGGAUCCUAAUCAAAUACACCUCCAAGGAACAUUCCGACGCGGUCAUUACGUUCGUGGCGAAAAUCAAACCCACCGAAGGACUGCUGGUGGACCAGUUCAAAAAGGCGGAUGUGUUCGACAAGGAGAUCCUCAUGUACAAGUCCGUACUGCCCAGUAUGGUGACCAUGAUUUCCAAGCUCGGCAGUGUCAUUGAGCUGGCGCCGCAACUAAUCUACUCCUCGGAGACACCGUCGGAUCUGGUCGUGCUUGAGGAUCUCACGGCGCGCGGUUACAGCGUGGAGAACCAAACGCUGGGGCUAUCCUACGAGCAAAGCAAAAUGGCCGUAGAAAAGCUAGCCUUCUUCCACGCUGCCAGUGCUGCCAUGCUGGCGGAAAAUGGGCAGGUGUUCGCCAAGUUCUCCAAGGGUACGUUCCACAACGAAUACAAGGAUAAGCUUAACUAUUUCCCCGAUACGAUACGUACCGUUGGUGAGCUUGCUACCGAGCUAGGCAUUAGCCAGCCUACGACGGAGAAGCUCCAGAAGCUACCGGCUAAAACUCUGCAAAAAGCCAUCGAAGCGUACGAGAGCGACUUCAAGGGUUUGAAGGUGCUCAACCAUGGUGACUUCUGGACCAACAACAUUCUUUUCAAGUAUCAGGGCACCGAACUGGUGGAUGCUAUUUUUGUUGACUUCCAAAACUGUGUCGUCGGAUCACCGAUCAUCGAUCUCGUGUACUUCCUGGCAUCGUCACCCGCACUCGACGUGCUCGACAAACACCGCGACGAGCUGGUGUACAUCUAUCACGAAACGCUUGUGCUGCUGUUGCAGAAAAUGGGCUACAUGAAAUCGGUUCCUUCCCUGCUCGAGCUGCAGGUGGAGCUGCUGAAAUGCGGACCACUGCAGGUCAUCUACGCCCUCACCGUAUCACCGUUUUUGCGCACCAAGGAUGCACAUAAUACACCACCGAUGCAGCCAACGCUCCACAAUCCCAACCAGUCUGCCAACGUUAGGCAAGUGCUUGGAGCUCACGCUCCCAGCAUCGUCGCACAGCUGAAGGCAUACGAGAUGGUCGGACUGCUCGACUGGGGUGCAAAUGAGAGCAAAAUUAAGGGCCUGAUGUCGCGCUUCCAACGUUAA